UACAAACGGCACCCUUUAGAUGUGAAAUAGUUCUCAAAGGUUUUCAGGAGCGUAUCGUCGAUAUUUACGCUAUAAUCCAGCCCCAAUGUUAACCGUAGGGCUCGAUAGACUGUAAUUAAGAGGGGAACCUAUAUAUGGCGCUAAUCCUGCUCAACUGCUUUUGACCUAGCAGGCCCUACCCUCUUCUCUGAAGCUUGGGGAUUUGCGGUCUAAGCUCUGACAAGAUUAGGGUUUCGAAUAUUUAUUACUCAGAAAUCAGGAAGCUGAUAUUCAGUUCCAGUAAUGGCGAUGCAGGCUGGAAUGGGGCUUUCCAGGAUCAUCAUACUCGUUGGAGCAGGGUUCACUGGCACAGUACUGUUGAGAAAUGGAAAAUUAUCAGAUGUAUUGGCGGAUCUUCAGGCAUUGGUUAAGGGAUUAGAGAAAUCUGGGGAGAAGAAUGCUGAUGCCGACCACUCCGAUGCUCUUGCUUCUCAGGUCCGCCGUCUAGCGCUGGAGGUUCGACACUUGGCCACAGCACGCCCUAUUACAGUUCUCAAUGGAAAUUCAAGCCAAGGGACCAUUGCAACACUUGUGAUGCCAGCUGCUGCUUUAGGGGCCUUGGGUUAUUGCUACAUGUGGUGGAAAGGGAUUUCCUUCUCUGAUAUGAUGUAUGUGACCAAGCGUAACAUGUCAAAUGCUGUAGCAAACAUGACAAAGCAUCUCGAACAAGUCUCUUCAGCUCUCGCUGCCGCAAAGAAGCAAUUGGCACAGCGAAUUGAGGGCUUGAAUAACAAGCUGGAUAGUCAGAAAAAAAUGACAGAAUCAAUACAAAAUGAGGUUGCUGGGAUCAGCAAUGAUCUUAAAUUAAUUGGUUUUGACUUAGAUGCUCUGCAGAGAAUGGUUUCUGGUCUGGAUGGGAAGAUUUGUUCCUUGGAGGACAAACAGGACUAUGCAAAUGCUGGAGUGUUGUACUUGUGCCAGUUUGUUGGAGGAGCAAAAGAUCCUGAAAUGGCCAAAUUUUUCCAGGGCCUACCUAAACCUGCAAACAGGCGCCCUUUGGAACUUCCAAAGAGUGAGACCGUGAAGGGUCUACAAGGUAUUGCAGAUAUUGAGUCUGGGAACAUCGACAUAUCCAAGACAAAUGCAGUCCACGAAAACAACUUCGAUAGCUUGGACAAGAACCCUAGAUGCCUCAACAGGACUGCUUCUAUGACUGCUUCCAUCAAGUACUUGUGAUUGAUGCCAGUUUCUCUUUAGAGAGAGAAAUUUGUAUUCCUAAUGUGAAGAAUAUUGGAGUUUAUUUGUUUUUUGACCUGGGUUGGAAGGCUCAUGUAUAGAAUUUGCCAGUAUAUAGCAGCCCUAGAAGGCUGGAUACAGGCAAAAAUAAAUCCAUGGAAGCAAUUUUAUGUUAGCUUUUCAUGAUCGAUUGAUCAAACGUAUAUGAAGGAAGAAAUGUAUGUGUGAUGAGAAUUCAUGGUUUU